AUGAACAUCAAAUUGUUAGUUCUCUUCGGUGCUCUACCACUGGCCUUAACAUGGAAUGGCGCUGGAAUCCGCAAUCAUCCGGCUGAUCUUGUUGCUACUUCAAAAAAUCACGAUGAGUUUAUUGCUCGAGCUCCAGCAAAAACCGAUUACAUUCGACCAUGCUAUUUCACAAACUGGGCCCAAUAUAGGCAAGGACGCGCAAAAUAUUUGCCUCAAGAUUAUAUCCCAGGACUCUGCACACAUAUUUUGUUCGCUUUCGGAUGGAUGAAUGAAGAUUUCACUGUUCGAGCUUAUGAUCCCGCCGACCUUCCAAACGACUGGGCUGGAGAUGGAAUGUACAAACGCGUCAACGCUUUGAAGAAUAGCGAUCCACGAUUGAAAACGUUGCUCUCGAUUGGAGGAUGGAGUUUUGGAACUAGACUUUUCCAAAGCAUGACUGCUAGUGCAUCGAGCCGCAAAAUUUUUAUUGACUCGGCAAUUGAUUUUGUUCGAACUUGGGGAUUUGAUGGAAUCGACGUCGAUUGGGAGUAUCCUUCUGGAAAUGUCGACAUGGUCAACUUUGUAGCUCUGAUUAAAGAACUUCGUGCUGCUUGUGAAUUGGAAUCGAGACAAACUGGAAAAGAUCGCCUUCUUGUCACUGCAGCCGUAUCUGCCGGAGAACAAACAAUUAACGCCGGUUACAAUGUUCCAAGCCUCGCUGAUUCCUUUGACUUCAUACUUUUGAUGAGUUAUGAUUUCUUCGGAGCUUGGGAAUCUCUUAUCGGAUUCAAUUCUCCAUUGUACGCCUCCAGUGCACUUCCAAACAUUUGGAAUACUUGGAACGUCGAUUGGGCAGCUAAACAUUGGCACAAUAAGGGAAUGCCAAAAGAAAAAAUUAUCAUUGGAAUGCCAACGUACGGACGAGGAUGGACUGUGAGCUCCAGUGCAAAUGCCAAACCAGGAGGUUCUGGUAGUCCUGCUAAGGUUACUAAAUAUGUCCAAGAAGCUGGAGUUGCAUCAUACUACGAAAUCUGCGAAAUGCUUGAUAGUGGAGCUACCAGAUAUUGGGAUCAAGAAAGCCAAGUUCCAUAUCUUGUUAACGGAGAUCAAUUCUGGUCAUAUGAUGACGAGGAAUCAUUCUCGAAUAAGAUGGCUUGGUUGAAGCGUGAAGGAUACGGAGGAGCCUUUGUGUGGACAUUAGACUUUGACGACUUCAAUGCUAAAUGCAGCCUUUCAAACGGAAAGAAAUAUCCGCUCAUCAGCGUAAUUGCCAAAGAACUUGGUGGAAUUGAUAUUGGCGCAUCGACGGCACAAUCUCCAACAACGACUACUACAACCACUGAAAAACCAACAACUACUACAACUACUCCAGCUCCAACUACUACCACUAAGCCUACAACUAUUUGCACUGGAAGAGCCAAUGGGCAUUAUGCUUACACUAGCAGCUGUACCACCUUCUUGCUCUGUUUGAACGAAGUUCCAUUCACAAUGUCUUGCCCUUCGGGACUUGAGUACGCAAAACCUCUAGGAUAUUGUGUUAGUGCUGAGGAAUCAAAAUGCGAAAUUGCAACGACAACCACUAUUGCUCCAUCUACAACGACUACCGAAGAAGUUUCUCCAACUACCACAGCUGCGACGACAACUACAAAAAACAAGUUCGACUGCACUAAAAAUGGAUUCUUUGGAGUUCCUCAAGACUGCACCAAAUUUGUGAGAUGCGUAAACGGAAUCGCUUACUACUUUAAGUGUCCUGACGGUCUUAAGUUCAACAUCAAUAUUCAAGUAUGCGACAGAUCUGACAACUGCGCUUAA